AUGUCACAAGAAUUGAUCGAAUUAUUAAAAGAGAAACAUGGGUUUGAUGAUAACAACCAUAAUAUUAAAUAUAUAAUAGAAAAUGAUAUCUAUCCCAAUGACGUUAGAGAAAAAAAUGAUAUGGAGCUUCAUGACAAUGGUAAUGGUUUUACCAAAGCUGUUUGUUCAACUUUAAAGUAUGAUUAUCUUGUUCAAAAAAAACAUCUCUCUAUAUCUGAUCAAAUAUCAAAGGCGAUAUCUGAUCAAAUAUCAAAGGGGAUAUCUGAUCAAAUAUCAAAGGCGAUAUCCGAUCAAAUUCAACAACAAAUAGACGAACAAUUUGACAAAUAUUUUGACCAAGAAUUAGAACAAGUUAAUUAUACUAGUGAUGUUGAUGAUGAUGAUGAUGAUGACAUUCAAGACACCAAGACCAAAAAAAUAAGAUCAAAACACCAGAGAAAUUAA